ACUCAAGUUGGCAUUCUUGUUCAAACUCCAACACCAAUUGUUUACCAAAAUAUGGAGCACCAAAUCCUCUCAUUUCCAGUCCUUGUAAGCUUCCUCCUUUUUAUCUUGAUGUUGUUAAGAAUAUGGAAGAAACACAACAACGACUAUACCCCUCCUCCAGGACCUUGGAAGUUACCUUUCUUAGGUAACCUUCACCAGCUAGCUGGCUCUUCUCUAACCCAUCACCGCCUAAGAGAUUUGGCUAGAACUUAUGGACCUGUCAUGGGUAUUCAACUCGGCCAAGUUCCCGCCGUGGUCAUUUCCUCGCCAGAAGCAGCCAAAGAAGUGUUGAAAAUCCAGGAAGUGCAAUUCGCUGAUAGAUCCCCUGUCCUCGCGACAGAAAAGGUGCUUUAUAAUGGCAAUGACAUUGUGUUUGGCCUUUAUGGAGAUCAAUGGAGACAAAUGAGAAAAAUUUGCACAUUGGAGCUUCUUAGUGCCAAACGCGUGCAAUCCUUUAAAGCGGUAAGGGAAGAAGAGGUAUUAAAUUUUGUCAGAUUCCUUGAUUCGAAGUCUGGAACUCCAGUGAACCUUACUCAUUCGCUCUUUGCUUUAACCAAUACCAUUAUCUCAAGAACCUCCAUCGGUAAGAAUUGCAAAAACCAAGAAACACUCUUGAGGAUUAUCGACGACAUAAUUGGGGUAGUAGGAGGUUUCAGUCCUGCCGAUGUGUUCCCUUCCUUCAAAUUUCUUCUCUCCAUAACUGGGGAAAAGUCUAGACUCGAGCUCUUGCAUCGAGAAACAGACCAGAUUCUUGAAGACAUUAUAAACGAGCACAGAGCCAGCAAGGCACUAUCCAAGAAAAGUGAUCUGAGCGAGGCUGAUAAUCUUCUGGAUGUUCUUGUGAAUCUUCAGGAUUGUGGAAACUUUCAAGUCCCGUUAACCAACGACUGCAUCAAAGGAGCCAUUCUGGAUAUGUUUAUUGCUGGGACCGACACAUCCUCCAAAACUGCAGAAUGGGCAAUGGCAGAGUUGAUGAAGAAUCCAAGAGCAAUGAAAAAAGCACAGGAAGAAGUAAGGCAUGUUUUUGGUAAAAAGGGAAAAGUGGAUGAAGCAGGCUUUCAAGAAUUAAAAUAUCUCAAGUUAGUUAUCAAAGAAACCUUGAGAUUACAUCCUCCAGCGCCCAUGAUUCAAAGACAAUGUAGGGAAAAGACUCAGGUCAAUGGAUAUGACAUUAAUCCCAAAACUAAGAUCUUUGUUCAUAUAUGGGCAAUUGGAAGAGAUCCCAAUAUCUGGACUGAAGCUGACAAGUUCUGCCCAGAAAGAUUCAUCGAUUCCACAAUUGAUUACAAGGGGUCUAAUUUUGAACUGCUUCCAUUUGGUGCAGGAAAGAGGAUAUGCCCUGGCAUGACAUUAGGUCUUGUUAGUUUGGAGCUUUCCCUAGCACAAAUGCUGUAUCAUUUUGACUGGAAACUUCCCGAUGGAGUAACCCCAGAUAAUCUGGAUAUGAGUGAAGGUUUUGGUGGUGCAAUCAAAAGAGGAGUAGAUCUUAAGUUGAUUCCCAUUCCAUGCAGUCCUAUGCCUAUACAAUAAAUUAAGCUGCAUAUUGGUUAAGAAGAAAAUAAUAAUAAUAAAUAAGCUGCAUCAAAUGCAAAUGUUUUACUAUUUGCGAAGUGAUAUGAGUGAAGGUUUUGGUGGUGAAAUCAAAAGAGUACAUCUUAAGUUGAUUCCUUUUCCAUUCCGUCCUCUGUCCAUACAAUAAAUUAAGCCGCAAUGUUAUUUAUGUUUUACUAUAAA